AUGCUGUCCAACCACCUGCGGCAUGGAAUUGAGACGGCGAGGGUCGCCUGGUCCCAGCUGCCGGCGUCGGAGGAUUUGGAUGGGGAGGAAGAAGGGCCUUCCGUUAGGAUCAGCGGAACUGGUGUGGAGAGUCUCGAUUACGAGGUUAUUGAGAAUUUUGCCUACCGGGAAGAGCAGGUCAGUGAGAUCCUGGGGCCAAAAUUUCACGCUAUUUUAAUAACUAUCUAUUGGUGGUACCUUUUUCGGGUUGCUUCUCCCCUUUUGACGUUUAUGUUUCAUCCCGGAGUCGUAUAGGCACAGAGAGGGAAACUCUACGUGGGAUAUUACGUGAUGCUUAAAUGGGUACUCUCUUUGCUUGUUGGCGUUGGUAAGACGACUUUUCUGAUUACUUUUGAAAUGAGUUUUGCGUUAUGCUUAGCUCAAUAAAUGGCGUCGUUUUUUGGAGCGCUUCAGUGGGGAUUUUCACCCCUUUCCAUGUCUUCACUCUGCAUAAAUUGUUUGCCUAAACUGCACUUCUUAAUCUACUUGCCCCAGUCUUUAAACAAAGCCCUUCUGUUUCGGAUGUCCAGUUUUUUGUAGAAUGUUAACGUCUCUAAACAUUAUCCGUGAGAUAAAGUUAACUGCGGGUGUAUUCAGUUCUUUAAUCAUUCGCCCAACUCUACAAUAAGGUGAAUUUUACCCCAAAAAUGCUCAACUUCUUAGGUGUUGUGAAUUUUAUUUUUUUUUCUUUUCAAAAUUACUACUUUUCAUAGGAUAAGUAAGAGUGGCUCGCAAUUAACAUGAUUUGCUUUUUCUCUUGUUAAUUUAGGAUUUAUUCAUUUAAUUGUUGGAUCCAGCUGUUUCGAAACAAUGUGACUCUUCUCGGAUGAUAUAUUUCAAUUUUUUCAAUAAAUAUUUAUUAUUACAUUCUAAUUCAGAUCAUGAGUCUCAGAAGAUGAUCAUUCCAGCAGUUUUCUGGGUUAGUUACUGGGAAUAGCAUGAAUACAGAUAAUGGAGGUAGUUCCAAACUGGACCUAUUAUUCUGUCUAGAAUGAUUAACUCCUUAAAAGACUAAUGGAUAUCAUAUGGUAGAUGUGAGAUCGUCUGAGUGAAUAUCUUUUUAUCAAUUUCUUACUGGACCUGAGACAUACGGUCUACCACCUUGGUAGAUCAGAAUUACAACUUGACCAUUUUUACUUUUCUAUUUUCUCAGGGCGAGAAUAGUUGUGUUUAAGAGUGUUUUUUAUCCCCUCGUUGUUGUGGAUUAUUUAUGGUUCAAUUAAAUAAAUCUUAGUCCCUUUCAACCCCUUGCAAAAAGAAACACCAGUUAUGACUGAACACGAGGUAAUCAUCUUGUGGUGAUGCAGGUGUUAACGAACACAUUCUUAGAUUUUUUAUGUCCCGUGCCUUCACAGCAAGGAUUGAGUGAAAAUGAUCCUCAAAUAUGUGUCAAGAAACCGUUUGUCAAAAAUGUGAUCUCCAUAUUUAUUAAAAAUGUUGGCGUCCAUAUUCACUUAAUCACGUUUCCCGGGAUCUUUAUGCAUAAUGCACUUUUCUCCUUGAGAUUCCCAUAUUAACCUGUUGUACUCUUUCAUAUUGGCUGGGUCUGAAACAAUAUUUUUGCAGUUGAAUUUGACACACUUUUUUGUAUCUUUGAAAUUAUCUCCUCUUUUCUUCAAAUGUCAUUUUAUCUCAUUCCUUUCUGAUGCUUUCUCAAUAAAUUGAAUUUAAGACACCUUACUUAUGAUUUUGUAUAUGGUUUCUUCAGGCACCGGAUUAGCUGCGGUCUUUAUUAAUCUAGCUGUUGAAAACUUUUCUGGAUGGAAAUUCGCUGUUACUUUCUCCAUAGUAAAGCACUCAUAUUUCGCGGGCUUCUUGGUGUACAUAUUAUUCAACUUGGCAUUGGUCCUUUCUUCUGUGUUUAUUGUCACACAGUUUGCACCUGCAGCAGCAGGAUCUGGUAUCCCAGAAAUAAAAGGUUACUUAAAUGGUAAGCCCUUUGAUGUAUUCACUGGUCUGACCUAUUGAACUUUCAUCUCUUCCGAAAAUUGCUAUAUAAUCAACCAAAUAUGCAGGAGUUGAUGCCCACGGAAUCCUUCUUUUCAGAACUUUGGUUGGAAAGGUUUGUCAAUAUUCUUCUUUUUUUUUUCUUAUGCCUCUCGUUUAUUUUGUAUUCCUAGUUUCUUGUACUCAAUUCUUCUUUCUCACGGAUUGCAGAUAUUUGGAAGUAUUGGUUCAGUGGGAGGUGGACUUGCUUUAGGUAAAGAAGGCCCACUAGUGCACACUGGUGCUUGUAUUGCUUCUCUACUUGGACAGGCAAGUACUGUUCUAAAACUAUUUAGACUGUCUGGUUACCUUUUUGUGCAUUUGGAAGACCAAGUACUGUUGUUUUUCGUUUGAAAUGUCCUCGAAGAUUUGGGUAAGCAAAUGUUUUCUCAGAAAUACGCAUAAAUUGAAGCUAAGUUAUAACAGUGUAUAAUUCGAUUUGAAUUUGUCACUACUUGGAUUUUGAUCCUUAGUCAACCUGGUUUUCUCAGUGGCUUAAAUACCCUGGUUUUGGAUUUCACCUAGAGGUACGCUUAAAAGCUAAUUCCAGUUAUAUGGCUUCAGCUGGUAUUAAACCCUUUCUGCGGACCAGUAGUUCCUUCGUUUGGAAGGAACGAAUAUAUUGCAAAUAUUAUGAAUGUUUUUGAGAAGUUAUUAAUGGCAGAUUGAGUUUAAUUAUUAGAGUGACGAAUUAUUUUCCCUAUCCUGAUGCUAUUCUCUACCUUACAUAAACUUUUCCCAAGUUUCUCUCUUUAGCUAUCUGUUUUUUCCUGUUUGAGCAUGCAUUCAUUUAUGGAUGCAAGCACAGCUAAUAGUCUUAUUCCAUUGUUAUGAAAUAUCACAAUUAUAUUCAUGAUGAUUCUUCUAGAAUUUAUUCUUGUCAUUCUUCUUCUUUUUUUUACUCCGAAAACACUGCUGAAUUUCAUGAAAUGAUGAUUUACAAUAAAAAAAAUUCCAUUGUUUCAUGUAACUCUCUAUUGAUUUUGAUUUGUUCAGGGUGGAUCUACAAAAUAUCACUUAAGCUCAAGAUGGUUGCCCAUAUUCCAAAGCGAUCGAGAUCGACGGGACCUUGUGAGUUGCUAUAUCCUUUUAUGUUGCGGCUGAGUUUUCAGUUAGUGCGUGUUUCUGCUUUUACAGUCAUAAUAACUAAAAAGCAAUAAUUUAACUUAUUUAUUGCUAGACUUACAGAUGUGAUUUCUUUUAAAGAACUUUGAUCUUUUGAGAUACUUUGGCAACAUCCUCCAAUUCAAAAAUGCAGAUCAUUGCAAAACCAUUGUAGAACUCUGGCAUUUUCUCCCCUUUUCGUGCGGCCCUAUUUCAUAAAUGACUAUAGAGCGUUUUUAUUCUGCUGGAAGAAGAUAUUAAGACAUGGAGAACCAGUGCUCUAGGCCAUUGUCAUAAAAUGUUAUCCAAAUUCAAGUCGACCUUGACUAUGAAUUUUUUUAUAGAACUCUGGCAUCGUAUCUUUCUUUUCUUUAAGCUACAUCUAUGAAGAUUUUGGGAACCUGCUAACGUGCAGGAAUGAUAUGGAUAGGGGACCAUAAUAGUUUUCCAUUUGGAAUGGGUUGUGGUCCUUAUUCAUUGAUCGCCCCCAUAUUGUAGUUCGAUAUGCACUCCUUGUCAUUGUGAUUUCUUUUUUUGCUUCUGAAUUCCAGUGUAGCUACUUCUAAAUCUCGUUUUUGUGUGCAAUGAUUCAAACCAAAAUCUCUCCGGACUUUUUAAAAAAAAUUGUAAAGGUAACCUGUGGAUGUGCGGCUGGGGUUGCUGCUGCUUUCAGAGCUCCAGUUGGGGGCGUACUAUUUGCCUUGGAAGAAGUCACAUCAUGGUAAAUAUGUUCUGUAUCAUUAAAAUAUCAUCUUAAACAUCAUGUGAGAACAUUAAUUGUUUUAUGUCUAUGACAGAAUAGUUAUUGAAUUUUCGAUUCUAGCUAUGUGCACCAUAAUUCUAUCUGUAGUCAAUUUAUGCCUUCACCUGUACUGCAGGGUGUCCAUAGAUUUUGUUUUACUCGUGCUUAGAAAAUAGGAAGAAUGAUUGCAAAAUCUAGUUGGAAGUGAAUGGAAAACUUUUGACUGUUAAUUUUUUUAUAUGAGAUGAGUCACGUGGGCAUUUACUAGAUAAUAGCCAUUAUAGAUAACCGAUUUAUGCUGACCAAAUCUCUUUUCACUUUGUUGAAGGUUUGUGCCGCAUAAAUAGGCUUUUAGCUAGUAUUUUUCAUUGUGCAUUCAGAUGUUAUCCUGAACAGAGGCACUUCAUGUGAGCCAUUUGAAUUUAUUUAUAGCCCUUUGUCUUUAUUUAUCAUCCCAAAUGAUCAUUUCUUUCGGCAUAUAUCCCUUGAAGGUAGUUGCCUUCUUGCUGAGCUUCUCUCAUUUCUUAACUAUUUUUAUUUUACCUACAAAAGAACCUAAUGUCUCUAUUGAAUUGCAUUUCUCCUACAAUUAUAUUGGCAUAAUCUUUGUUAAAAGCUUAAUUAUGAAGCCUUAAAAACGUACUUAUCAAAUACAGAUGGAAGGCAAAUAUAGACAAUCCUAUUGCUUGCCUCUGCAUUAUUUGAGGCUUUCGAAUCAAUACUGUCUUGCUAGGAUGUGAAACUGAUGCGGGAAAUUUGUGAAAUGCAAUAUUUUAUUUGGGCUCUAUGGCUAACAUUAGUCUUACAUGUGUGAAUGUUUUUACUGCGAUUUUUGAAGUUUCUUCAAAAUUUUACAUUUGAAGGUGGAGGAGCCAACUUAUGUGGCGUGUCUUCUUUACAUCUGCUAUUGUGGCUGUCGUGGUUCGUUCUGCCAUGGGAUGGUGUAAGAAUGGGAACUGUGGGCAUUUUGGCUCUGGUGGCUUCAUCAUCUGGGACAUAUCUGGGUUGCACUUCUGCCCUUUAUUUAACGGUACUUGCACAUCAUCUGGGCAAUUCUCUGAUCAGUACUUUUUCAUGCAGUGGUCAAGAGGAUUAUUCCUUCCAGGAAUUGUUCCCCAUGGCAAUAAUUGGCGUUAUUGGUGGUCUUCUUGGUUGGUGCUUUGUAUUCUUUUUCUGUCGUCUGGACUGCUUUAUUAUUAUAAUAAUAAUAAUAAUAAUAAUUAUUAUUAUUAUUAUUAUUAUUAUUAUUAUUACUACCAAUGACCUUGACGUUUGUUUUCAGGAGCUUUAUUCAAUCAGCUUACUCUUUUUCUUACUUCGUGGCGUAGAAAUUAUUUGCAUAAGAAGGGAAACAGAGUGAAGGUUUGUGAUGAAUGACAUUGCUUUUUCUCUAAAUUUUAAAUAACAGGUUCAUGCGUACCCUAUAUUUUGUAUAUUUUGCAUCUGAUACAUAUAUAAAUGUCAUUCUGCCGCAGAUUAUUGAGGUGUGCCUUGUAUCUUUGAUAACAUCUGUUCUUUCAUUCGGCUUGCCACUUCUGAGAAAAUGCAGCCCCUGUCCUACUUCCGGAGCUAAUUCCAACAUUGAAUGUCCAAAUGCACCUGGAAUAGACGGAAACUAUGUUGAUGUAAGUUAUGAAUCUGAAAUGUCAGAAUAGUUUAAUAUUAGCUAUUACAAAAGUAAACUUUUGGUUAUAGAGGUUGAUCUACUCUACUAAUUUCCAGUUUGUAUAGUUUGAUUGCCCACUGACUAACAAUUUCUAAGAAGGAUAGAUGCUAUUUUUCUGAAGACUAAUCGAUUUUUGGAAACCGCUCUGUUUGUUGUUUCUUUAUUAUUUAAUUGCUUUUAUAUAUCAUUCUGAUCUACUAAUAUUGAGAUGCAGUUCUACUGCUCAAAUGGAAAGGAAUAUAAUGAUCUAGCGACCAUCUUCUUCAAUACCCAGGUUUGAAAGCCUUUGGCAAAAGAUUUUUUUAUUUCUUUUUGUUGAAAUGGUGACUUCUUUCUAAAUUAUUUGACUAUAAUAUAUUUCAUUUUUCAGGAUGAUGCAAUACGCAAUUUAUUUAGUGCAAAAACUUUUCACGAGUACAGUGCUCAAAGUCUUCUGACAUUUUUGGUAUAAUAUCAUGUUUUCUUUUUAUUUUUCUACUCGGAUUGAAUGCGUGAAGUUGGGUAUUCUUUUGUUAUUAAUAAAGAUAGCAUGUCAACAGAAAUGUCAUUCACAUCUACUAAUACUUGUCUUCUUGCACUGGGUGCAAAAGCAGUCUCUUUUAUUGUAAUACGUGUAGUUUUUGUAUUCGCCAUAUUCUCAUAUUUUUCAACCAUUUAAUUCUGAGAUGUGUGCUGAAUAAAGACAGAUGUUAAUGGUCGCCAUUAUAAAAUAGGUUUCUUACUUUUUUUUUGUGUUCCAUAGAUUGUUCCAUUGUAGCGUCUGCAAAUAAAUGCAAAAUACGUACCAUGCAUGUUUGUUACGUGCAAAAAUCUCUCAGGUGGUGUUUUGCUGUGGGCAUUAUUCAUUUUGCUGGAUAAUCCCAGGGACAAAAUCUUCCGCAAAUUUGGAAGGCAAACAGCUUCAGUAUGUUUUGACUUUUUGUUCAGACAUUACAUGUUAUCAAACCUAGAAAAAGGAUCAACAUACGACUGUAGAAGCUGUCCCUUAUUCACUCAGAAAUUCAUAUCAUAUGUGUAAUAUAGUAUGUAAGCAGGUUGUCCUUUGUAUGAUCAUUUUAAUUGUGAAUCAUGUGUUUUCUGAAUACAUUUUUUCUUUGGCUAAGGCCAUCUUAUUGUCAGCCUUUUAUAAGACAUCGUAGAUAUCUUAUUUAUUCCAGGAAUGAGACAUGGAUGUAGUUUUUUUUGUAUGAUUUUGACUAUAAAUGAAUUUUUUUUAGUACAAAUCCAUCUUUCAUCCUUGUUCAAAACUGGCUUAUAAGCCUGCACCAAAGGUUAUCUGCUGUAGUUAAGGAACCAUUGCGUAUUGGACAUUGUAGUUGGGGUUACCAUAUUAUUCGUGCUAUGAUUUAUAAUUUGACUGUGAAAGGAUGUUCUUUAUGAUACUGACGCAUUUUGAAUUCAGAUUUCUUCAGUUUAUCUGAAUAAACUUCCCUCAUCAGAAAAUUAAUUUAUUUGAAAAACAUUUAUGCCUACAGGUCAUAUUUUACUCCUUGGCAGUUGUGACAUUUGGAACUGCUGUUCCAGCAGGCCAGUUUAUUCCUGGAAUAAUGAUCGGAUCAACAUAUGGGAGACUAGUUGGAAUGUUAGUGGUUAAACUUUACAAGAAGCUUAAUGUCGAAGAGGGAACGUGAGUCUCUUUACCCUUCCAAUACAUAAAUGAAAUACUACCAUUUUAUUUUUCAGUUCAUAUUUGGUAGUGUUAAAAUCUCAGUCAUAUGUGUUAUUGGCACGGAUUUUGCAUUUUAGUACACCAGGUAUGGCACAACUAUCGCUACACAUGUCAAACGUUACUGGAAUCAUUGGACCAGAUUGAUUAUGCGAGGCAGUUCAGUAAUCACAUCAGUCUCUUUAUGCUUUCCUUUCCAAGUCUUUAUUUCCUCCUCGCCUUUCGGAAGUCCCUGCUCUUUCCAUCAGAAACAUGUCUCUUGAGUGGUUGUCCUGUAAAAUGGAAAGGACAUAACAGCCCUAAGUUGUCUCAGGUUCCAAUUGUUGGCCGAGACAAUUCCUCUACGAAUUCUCUUAAGGCCUCAGAAAGCCACCCCAACCUGCUGUAGUUAUUUAGGUUUCCGUGAAAUACAUAGAGUUGAAAGCAUGCUUUGGUGGGAUCCUAAAGCAACCUUUCAUGGAGGAAGAUACUGACCCAAUCAAGUCAUGCCACAAGCUCGGAUAUUUGUAAAUCGAUAUGGUUGUGGGCCCCUCACAUUAAAAUCUUUGGUCUGGGGGUAAAGGAGUUCCUUGUGGAGUUGCACAUUGGCUUAAUAUUUUCCCCCAAGGAAGACUGGUUAGGGAAGCCCAUUCUCAGAAGUUAACUUAAUGCAUGCUGAAAUACAAAGUAUAUACAUGUUUUCAUGCAUCUCAAGGUCGAUAAAUAUACUCCAUCUAUUUUGUUUCCCUCAAUUGUGCACAGAAUUUCUGGAAAUUUUUCUCAAAUAUUUAUCCUGACUUUACUCUUCUCUGCUUCAUCAGUUAUUGCAACAAUCAUUACCAGCUUUGAAUAUGCUCAUCAUGCUUUCUGUUAGGAUAAAACCAUUGCUAAUUCUCGCAUGUUUUCUCAAAAAUCUUUAUUACUCACCGGAACCUGAUUUUCCUCUAGUCGUCUGGAAAAAAAAUUAUUUGGUAGCUUGAUAGCAAACUAUCAUGAACCUACCCUUCUUUUCCAUGAAAGUUGAUUAGUUAUUAUAAAUUAAUUUACCUAUGAUGGCCUUUGAGUCUCUUUGCCUACACUUCACUUGGGACAUUGUAGCGUACAUUCGGCAGGAUAGGGAUUCAAACUGAGACACUUUGAACUCGUUCCUUGCUAGAGAUAAGGCCAAGGUACAUACAUUGGAAUUUAGAGUUUGGCAGAUAAGGCCCUUAUUUACAAUCAUCUGAAAUUCAUAUGAGUUCGACAGGCGCAUUUCCAAGUCGCAACCUGAGUUCCAGUUGAUUAUCCAAACUUCAGGUGUUGGGUUGUGAUGAAUGAAUACUUAUCCAUUUAGAAGACACAGCAUCUUCUUGUUAACGAAAAUUAUGCUUCACGCAGAUGUUAUAAUCUACGGCUCAGUUGUUGUAGAACUUGCAACUUAUUACAUCAUGCAGAUUUUAUUCAUAGUAGUUGACUUUUCUUUAAACAUAGCAUAUAAAAAUUAUUCUGUGACAACUUUCGUCUUCUUUAUAUUUCUUCCUUUUCAAAUUUAAAUUAAUGUGCCAAUCAUGGCGAAUAUCUUACUCAAAGAUUAUAUAUCUGGCAACAGGUAUGCUUUGCUUGGUGCUGCAUCUUUCCUUGGUGGUUCUAUGAGAAUGACCGUGUCCCUCUGUGUCAUUAUGGUCGAAAUCACAAACAACUUAAAGCUUCUACCGCUCAUCAUGCUUGUCCUUCUUAUAUCUAAGGUAAAUAACUCAUUUUAAAACUAUUAGAGAUAUUAUCUGCACACUUCUUAUACAGUACUUUCACUGCAGGCUGUUGGUGAUGUUUUCAACGAAGGCUUGUAUGAAGUACAAGCACGUCUGAGGGGCAUCCCUUUACUAGAAUCUAGACCAAAGCAGUACAUGCGACAUGUAACAGCAAAGGAAGCCUGCAAGAACCAGAAGGUACGUUUUUUUUCUUAUUUUCUCUCCUUUUUGGUGUUAUCAGAAAAUAUCCCAAGGCUUCCUUAGUAAUGACUUUCCUAUUAUAUCCACAAGGUUGUCUCCUUCACCCGCAUUGUAAGAGUUUCAGACGUGGUCUCUGUUCUACGUAGCCACAAGCACAAUGGCUUCCCUGUGAGUAAAUCGUAACCCCCUCUUCAGCUUCCUUUAGUUCCCUCAUGUUGCCUAAAGGAAUUUCCCUCCUCCUCGACUCAGGUGGUCGAUCAUGGAAGAAAUGGGGAGUCCCUCGUUAUUGGGCUCAUACUUAGAAGGUGCAACCCAUCUACGUGUUUUCCUUCUAUUGAGUUAUUUUAGUUAUUUCCUUAAUGAAUGUGGAAGUGAUAAGGCUGGACAUCACACUAAAAUCGGAGACCUGUGGGUUUUCUGUCUAGCUCAGUCACCUGUUGGUGCUUCUACAGUCUAAGGCAGAUUUCCAGAGCAGCCCUUACCCAUCCAAUUUGAAGACUGGACCUGUCUCCGUCAGGUUGGUUGGCGCCUCUUCUUGAUCUUCGAUUCACUAAUUUGGCUAUUUUUUAGGCCACUAGUUGAUUGACUCUUUUCUAUUUAGGCACAAAUUUAGCGACUUUGUGAAACCUGUCUCGAGCAAAGGGCUGUCCAUAGAGGAUAUCCAUCUAAGUGAAGACGACCUGGAGAUGUACAUAGAUCUCGCGCCCUUUCUCAACCCUUCUCCUUAUGUGGUUCCAGAGGACAUGUCCUUGGCAAAGGUGAUCUUUUUCUCAGAGGAAAUUAUUUUUCUCGAUUUUUUAUCUCCUAUAAUAGCACUUAAAUGUAUAUUUCAGGUGUAUAAUCUGUUCCGACAACUGGGUCUCAGGCAUAUAUUCGUUGUCCCUCGCGCUCCUCAUGUUGUUGGUCUGAUAACCAGGAAAGACCUGUUGGCUGAGGUGAUUAAAACAUAAAAUCUCUUAAUUUCUGUCUGACCCAGAUAUAAAUCAUGACAGUGGAAUUAUUUGUAAUUUUAGGAAACAGAGGCUUCAGCGACAGUAGAGCUCCAACCGGCCAGUGUAAGGUCUCGUCACUGCUAAACUCCACAUGCAAUUUUUUAAUUUUAAACUCAUUCCCUCUCUAUUAGUGGUCUGAAAUUAUUAGAUAAUUAGAUCGAUCAAGGUUCUUUGAAUUAUAUACUCGUUCUCUCCUUAUCAUAGUUCUAAGAUCAUGCAAUAAUUAAAUCAACCAGGGUUCUAUCACUCUUCUUAUUUUGUGGUCCUUCCCUUACCAGUAAUCUAAAGUUACCCAAUAAUUAUCAAUCAUGUUUCAUACUGGGUUUGUGCAUCCUUCCAUUUUUUACACUUGUUCUUCCUCUGUUAAAUAGAGGUUCUAAAGUUACUCGAUAAUAACUUCAAUCAAGGUUCACAUCGGUUUCUUGCAUCUUUCCUUCAUCUCUCCUCUGAAACUACACAACCGUUGGGCCUUUUGACCCAGCAACCAGUCUUUCUCUCAUCCUUCUCUCACUACCCAUUCUCAGCAUUCGGCUCACUACCUUCAUCUUGGGCCUUUUGACCCUCAUUCUUCCCAUUUUUGAGCCUCUACCACACCACAUAUUACUGCUGGCUUCUUCUACCCGGCUGGAAUGGUAGUCCUAAUCGCCUUCUCCUGGUAUCACUCUGUAUGCAUCCAUAGCCUGUGGGUUGUAUCUUGGUGCCAAUUAUUUUAUUCGAUGUGGGAUUAUUCUCACUGUCUACACAUGUCGCUCUGCAGAGCUCCGCAUAGAGAGCCAAGAAAUGUUGGCAGGCAUGCGCAGCAUCUGGAGGGUCCUCUCCUUGACAGCCUCCUCACCCAAUAA